GUCACUCUUUUGGAUCCUUUCAAAGCACUUUCCCCGUCUUCAUUAUACACCCGUCCUCCUGAACUACCACACUCUCUAAUUAGACUCUUGGUCUCAAUCACACCGCCAGGUAUCAAUUGACCUACAAUUCACAUCGUAUUCCGCCGAUACCACUUUGCUGGAUCGGUCUAAUCCCAUUACCACCAUUGAGUUUGAAAUAUAGCUUUUGACGCGUCCCCAAACUUUAUUGGUAGAUGUUCAGCACGUCAAUGGCGGCAGGAUGUCCUCUACUCCUUCGUCUCGGCUCAGGCUGACACCGUCAAAUUCACCAUUCCUCCCACGACCGGGGAGGUCUUCUCAUCGCGGCCGACAUUCUCUAGAGUCUCGUCUGUCCUUGAAGAGAGUAAUAGGUACUACUUGCGCUUCGCCGACGGGGUUCGACGCCGCAGAAUCUUCCUUUGCCUACAUAGCCGGCGGAGCCGUCGUAGUCGUGGACGUAGAAGGCGAAAUUCACAAUCAGCGGUUCUUCAGGGCUCGACCAAACGCAAUACCCACCUUGAGUCCUGGAAACCCAACCUAUUCUCCUUCUACUUCAACAUCUACGACACCCAAGGCCAACGACAGCAGAAACAGGGUUUCCAUACCGGCACGGGACUCGUCGUAUGGCGUUGGCGACUGGUCUGAGUCCCCAUCAUCCAAGACCUGGACGAGUCGGGAACGCAUCAAGGCGGCAACAAGUCUGGCGCUCAGUCGGGACGGCAGGUUUCUGGCAGUUGGCGAGACAGGAUACGCCCCCCGCGUUCUCAUCUACAGCCUUGAAGAUACUUCGUCUGACACGCCGCUUGUGAGCAUAAGUGAACACAUGUAUGGCGUGAAGGCUGUGGCAUGGUCGCCUGAUACCAAGUUCCUGGCCUCCCUCGGGGCAGCAAACGACGGGUUUCUCUAUCUGUGGAGGAUCGAUCCGAGGACGGGCGCGGCGAAAUUGUUCCAGCAGAAUCGAUGUACCUCCUACAUUCGAGGCAUGAUCUGGAUGGGCAACAGUUUGAUCACUCUAGGCGUGCGUCAUGUGAAGCUGUGGAGGGUGGAAGAGUUCGCGCCUAGUUCUCCCCUGAAGCAGAGAUUUACUGGAGAGAUGAGCUCACCUUCCGGCCCUCAGAAGUCGUUGCCUGGUCGCAACAUAUUACUUGGAGGCCUGCUGGAAGCAACCUUUUCAUGCGCCGUUGCAAUCGAUGAGACGCGGGCCAUCGUAUGCUCGGAAACGGGUGAUAUCUGCCUCCUUGACGACACAGGCAAGCAGAUGAAGUUGACCAAAGUCCUAGAGAUAGGCUUUAUGACAGCAUGCAUCACGAUUAGGGAGCAAGUUGUUUAUGUUGGCGGCAAACCAGGCAGUUUCUGUACUCUUGAUCUGAAAAUGUUCAUGGAGUGCAACCCGGAUUGCGUCCUGAAGACCUCGGAGUCUCCUUCUGGUCUCCUCGCUCUGGGAUUCCUCAAAAAUAACCUGGUGACAGUCGACGCACAGCAUUCUAUAGAUAUAUGGAGCACCACCUAUAUCCCUGGCCGAAAGGACACGACCAUAUCCCGAAUUCAAAUACCCGGACAUGGAGACGCGAUCCUAGGAGUAGAGGUUCUGUGUCAACCCAGCAACGCCGACGCCGCCUUCUUUACCUGGACUGGGUCUGGGAAUAUUGUUCUGUGGGACGUUGAUGGCAGAAUUAGGGACUCAUUCAACGUGGAACUUGAGGACGCAUACUUCGAGAACGAGUCUGACCCAGUGAAUCAGCUGACGGUGGUGAAGGCGACCAGAGGAGGGAAGUUCUUUGUCACCGGCGACAGAUUGGGUGUUAUGAAGGUCAUCGAAUAUGGAUCGAAGGAUUGCGUAUCGGAAACGAAGGCCCAUUCAUCAAACUGCCAGUCUAUCGCCACCUACGAGGACAACUCCAAGUUCUUGAUCGCUUCUUGUGGUCGAGAUCGAACUGCACAACUCUUUCACCGGACAUCCGACGGCAGUUUUGAACAUUUCCAGACACUCGAGUUCGCUGCCAAAGUGGUGCAAGUCCUCAUUCCCUCUUCCGACAGGGUCAUUACUUGCUCUAUGGACAGAACGCUGCAGAUCCACGACAUGGUUACGAAAGAUGGAGAGCCGGAUUCCAUCGCGGCAAUUCCGGCACGGUCCCUCACGUUGAAGGCAUCGCCGGCGUCAAUGGCCAUGGUCACGGGCGGGAGAUCGAUUUUCGUCUCGCUUUUGGAUCGAUCGGUCUGCCUCUAUGAUACCGAGACGGGCAGGCUCACAAAUACUUUCAAAUGCACCGAUGAAGUCGGGGUUGAAAACGUUGUUCUCGAUUCACUCAUAACUCGCCCUCCGACUGACAAGGAACCUGCUCUCCUUCUGGGAAUAUCAAAUACCGACAAGUCCAUUAGACUUUACGAUGCACAAAAUGGCAACUUCCUCGACCGUGAAUGGGGCCACACCGAGGCGAUCAACGGAGUGGCUUUGAUCGAGGAUGCCGAGGGCCCCAAAAAGGUUGUGAGUGCAGGGUCAGAUGGAACGAUCAUGAUCUGGGGCUUGGACUCGCAGGAGCAGGCGCCGUCCAGUCGCGAUCCUUCACCCAUGAAGGACAACUUUACAUCUGCCCGACCUCCCUUGAGGCGCGUGCUCUCAAAAGCCGAGCUCGCUGAGUUCCAGCGACCAUCCCGAAGUGCUGGACGGCGAUCGCCUCCAAGACCGGUUUCCAAGCGUCGUUCAUUAUUUAAUCUUUCUUCGGCGAGGUCAUCCGUCACCGCGAUUCCGUCGAGUCCAGCAUCUGUCAUCGCCGAGGAUACGCCUUCUCGGAGACCAUCAGGGGGCAGCCGCUCAGGAAGUCCACCAGUGAGCCCGAGAACGCGCGUGGCUAGGCGCCCAUCGAUGCCGAUAUUGAAAUUACCAAAGACUAAGAGUACAUCGAAUCUGAGGGCGUUCGGCUCCCUGAACAUGGCGACCGAGCAGGCAUGCCGGACGCUCAAAGCAUACCGAAAAAAAUUGUCGUCAACGGAGCCGAUCAGCCAAGACGUGCUUGCCGAGCUGGAUCAAGAGCUUCGUCUGACAUCCCUUGCUCUGGGGGAUAGAGCCAAGCAGAGCAGGGAACUCAGUGAUUCCAUGCUCAACGGCAUUCUUGAUCAGUACUCGUCGCGACUGAUGGCCAUGCUCGAUGAGAAGUUGCGCUUGGGCAAUCAGUCUUCAGCGAGAGGCGAGUCAUAUUCUCCUCCGGGGAAGAGGCCCAACUCCUCGGGAUCUGGGUCGACUAGGGAGUCGAUCUAGACUCUUCACAUUCAUUCUACAAUGUGUGUUACUAUUCAUCAUGUAAUAUGGAGGAAAGAGAGGGGGGGGGGUUCGGUGUGGAGAUGGUCAUUGGACCGUGUAGCACCACUGCUUGGUCAGGCGUUCAGGAUACGACUUUACGCAGUUUUGAAGGGCCUUGGGG